GCCGUCGUUUCCUGUCUCCAUGGUGACAGUAUACACAGCAGCAUUCAGCCAGAUAUAUAGUAGUGUUAGACAGGGUUGAUACUGACAGAAAAAAUGAGCAUGACUCGCACCAUCCCGAGGAAAUAUGAUGCAAACAAAACUGUCAGACCGCAACGAGUGUUUGACUACUUAUAUGAUCCAGUUUACACAGUGUCGUCGGAGGUGGACCAUGUCAGGGCAAGUCUCAAGGCCUACGUGUCCAAGGACCGAGUUAGAAAAGUCCCAGAGUAUGGGUCUAUGUUCAGUGACCUGGCCCAUCUCCCACGUUAUACUGUUCAGCUGGAAACUACAGACCCUGUCCCACCAACUAUUGACCGUCGCUGGCGAGGUCACACUGAACAGCGCAAUGAGGUGCUGCAGCAGCUUGCUGGAGUUGCUCCAAAUGUUUCAUCGUGGGUGAGAAGGGAAGAGCACAGUGUGACUGGAGCUGAUUGCUGGAAAUACUUUAAAUGCCCUCUGAUUCCCACAGAUGUGAUUUUUUCUUUGCCAAUAGAAGAAUUUGUGUUUACGGAGAAUAACAAUGUUGAGCAGCAGUCCACCCACUGCACUGUGGCUGUCCAGACAGAUUUCAGAGAAAGUGAUGCACAGACAGAUCCAUACAGCCCUGAGUAUGUGAUACAGCCUGGGACAACUCCCUCAGAACUCCUGACACUGGCAGCUUUGACUUGGGGUCGUGGGCUACCUGCAGGCCUGGCAGAGGUGGAAAUGAUAGAGUGGAUGCGUGCUAAACGGGCCUGGGAGGCCAGCCUUCCACUGCUAGAUGAUCUGAGCCAGCUAGCAAGGAGGAGGCGUAUGAUGGAGGAGAUGGAGGCCAAAGAAUGGGCUUUCAGAGAGGGAGAAAUCCAGAGGUUGCAAGAAGCUCGCCUGUCUGUACUGAGAGACCUACUGAAGCAAAGAGAUGAAACCCAGAAAGAAGCCACAAAUGAGAGACUGAAUCAGAUACAUGCAAAGAAGCAAAAGGACAAAGACACCAAGCUACACAGGAUCCACAAUGAAUAUAUUAGGUCAUUGACAAAACUGGAAGCCAAGAGGAGAAUUGCAGAGGUAAAGUUAAAGUAUCAGCAGAUUAGAAAUUCCCCUCGGACGCAUUCCUCUGUGACCCACAGGGAUGUUUACACUGGCAGAAACAUAACCUCUGCCAAGAAGAUCAAAACCUACUACUGUGAUACAUAUGAAGGCUUGCUGGAGUUAGAAGGAGGUCUCUUUUCCUCAGUCUUCAAGCCACAAGUAAAACGACCCGCAUGCAAAGUCAUCAAGGAUGGGAUCAAACCUAGUGACAGAGUCAUACAGCUGUUGGAGCAGUAUAGGACACUAACUAAGGAAGCACAAAGAAAAAAGAAGCCCUUGAAAGCUCUUAUCAAGAAGGAGAAGCCUGUUCCUCAUCCAGUCACUCCCACAGUGGAGGAGCCACCAGAGGGAGAUGAGGAGAGGGAUGUAGCAGUCAUCCACUUGCAGAAACUACUGAGAGGAAGAAGUGUCCAACACAAGAUGUUUGUAGGCAAAGAGAACCACCUAGAGUUCAUUAUGGAACUGAGGACGGUUCAUGCCCUGCAGAAAGAAGAACAAGAGCUGCAGACAACAGAAAAGGAUUUAAUAACAGCCCUGAAAAGGCAGGGAGAUAAACACAGACACAAGACAACUCAAGAGGAGGUGUCCCAGGCCAAAGCAGUGGGCGCUGAACUUGAAAACCUAUUUGACACUUUGUCUAAGGAGCUUAUUCGUCUCCAACAAGAACGCAGAAUGCAUGCUUUUAUGCUACUGGCUGAGAGAAACCGUCACCUUCGAGAGGCUGAGGAGAGUGGAAAGAGACAGGCAGAGGACCAUAAAUGUAGAGAAGAAGAUGAGAUCUUCAGACAAUGCACCAGAAGCAGCGCAGACACUGGCAGGCAGCUGGAAGUAUCAUUCAGAGGACUGCAGAGCAUUCUGGGAACAAUCCUUCUCUGGGAGCCUCACAAUUGCCCUCUCCCUCAUGAAGAGCCUCCAACCAAGCCCUGGCGAAGAUUAGCCAGGUGGAGCAGGAAAAAGGAGCAGAGCAGCGGAAUGCUCAAACAGAGGAAGGGAAUGAAAAUAAAAGGUUCACUGAGGCGCUAUCUCAUGUCUGAUGUUUGGCUUAUAUGAUGACUGUAAUAAGUGGCCUCAUCGCCUUUGUUUUAGUGGCUUCACCUCCUCAUUUGUCCAAAAAGUGAUUGAAAUAAAUGUGACACUGUAAAAGCUCUUUGAAAUGAUACCAUGGUGAAUACAUGAAGUAAUGAAAAACAAAACAUUACAGGACUUUUGUUGGCCAGGCAAUAUAGUUAGCCUGACUAUGAAUGCCUACACAUGCCAAUGGAGUCUUUACUCCUUUGCACCAUGAAUCAGAUGUGUGUUUUGGAAACAGUGUC